CAACUUCAUAGAACGUUGUCAUAGUUUUUGUCCUUAAAAAUUAAUUAAAAUUAUUAUCUAAACGCUGUUAAGUAUUGGCUGAUGAUUAUCUUCAUUGUAAUAUCGUUCGUUCUCAUGUUUUUACUACAUACUUUGUUUGGCUGCUUACAACGUUUUUUCAAAAAUCCAGUGACAACUGAAAAACUUCAAGUAAACAGUGAAAGUUGUAAAAGUAUAAAGAAGGUACAAUUUUCAAACGAAAAUUUUACAGUGGAAAAUAGCAAUUGUGAGAACUUAAAAAAUCUCAGCAUAGAUUACAAUAGUAACCACAACGGCAAUAUGAGUAACGAUACUGCUGAAAGACCAAGUUUUUUGGUUGGCGAUGACAAUGAUGCCACAAACGGUUUUGAUGCUCGAGAAGCAAUUGACGAGUUUCCACCACAAAUUCAAAAUGAAACACGGCCAAAUGGAGAUUUAUUAGAGAGACGUAAACGCUUAAGGUAUGUAGUUAAUUAAUAAUUUGUUGAUUAAUAUAUUAAAAAUAUUUUAAUAAAUUGAUUAAUAUUGGGUCUGGUAUUUGCACACUAUCAUUCCUGAUCAUAGAAAAAUGCUAAGAUUCCACAUGUCUCUUUAAAAAUGAUCAAUAUAUAUGUACAUAUGGUGUUGCAAUUAGGAACACGAUCUCCAUCGAUCUCUUUCUUAGUAACAAGAAUCAAGAAUAUUUCAGCAUUAAUUGCAAAAAAGUUGUUAUCAGUUAGGUCAGGCAACAAUAAUGACUAAGCACUUUUCAAACACAGAAGGCUAAUUCUUCAAAUUCAUAUUGGUGUUGUAAUAAGGUUACAGGUCCCCGUUUAAUACUUAUUGAACAUUUAUUGAAAAAAAAUUCUACGUGCAAUAAGAAGUUGACUAACCCAACUUAUGCCAGAAUACAGCCAUUUGCUAAACAUUUAUUUAUCACGCAUACAUUCAUCUAUUCUCAAUGUGUUCCCUAACCACUUCUUCUUACAUGCUGAGGCGUCAGGUGGAGCACGCCAUCUGUAAACAGAUUGCGCAAGUCAAUUUAAUUCUAUUUAUUUUGUGGCUCUAUUCCAUAAAAGUAGGAAGACUUCUAUGUCUGAAUUAAUCUGUUCUCUUUCAUACUGUAAAUCUACUCUGUAAUCUUUCUCUAUGUUCAACAUAUUUCCUAUACUAAUCUUCUAAUUUAUAAUAUACAAGUGGCAAAUAUUACUAGUUCUACAAAAAAACAGCCCGAAGUGCAAGGUAACAGCAACAAAAUUACUAUAAAUAAAAUUAUACAAGUGCUAGUUAACAGUAUUGAAAAUGGCUAGUAAACUCAAAAAAGGUGCCGUUUGAAUUUAAUAUUUCUGUAGAAUGACUGUAUUAAACAUUUUUAAAGGUGUUUUUUAACAGUGCUUAUAAUAGCAAAACAAAUAUUUAAGACAAACAAAUUUUAUAAAAUAAUAUAUGUAUAUCCCUCAU